CUCAAUACCGGCAAUCCCCCUCUCUCUCUCAUCAAACCGAAGAGGAGAGAGAAAGUGAACCGAAGAUGGAGAACUCGGCGGUAGCUUUCGUAGCGCUGCUUCUGUGUGUCGGUGUCGGCCGAGUCGUAUCGGACGCUUCAGAUCACCGUUACAAAACGGGGGAUCCGGUGCCUUUUUAUGCUAACAAGGUCGGCCCUUUCCAUAACCCUAGCGAGACAUAUCGAUACUUUGAUCUCCCCUUCUGUGCUCCAGAGCAUGUUCGUGACAAAUCGGAGGCCCUUGGUGAAGUUCUGAAUGGUGACAGGCUUGUUGAUGCUCCUUACAAGCUUGACUUCCGAGUUGACUUGGACUCGAAGUCCAUAUGCAGGAAGGAACUGACAAAGGAAGAUGUAGCUCAGUUCCGGAGUGCCCUCCAAAAGGAUUACUACUUCCAGAUGUAUUACGAUGAUCUCCCCAUCUGGGGAUUCAUUGGAAAGGUGGAUAAGGAGGGAAAGGUUGAUCCAAGUGACUACAAAUACUACCUUUAUAGGCACAUCCACUUUGAUGUCUCUUACAACAACGAUCGAGUGAUUGAGAUCAAUAUCCAUACUGAUAUAAGUGCAAUGUUAGAUGUUACCGAGGACAGAGAUGUGGAGGUUGAGUUUUUGUACUCAGUUAAGUGGAAGGAGACUCCCACACCAUUUGAGAAGAGGAUGGAGAAAUACUCUCAGUCUUCGUCAAUGCCUCACCACUUGGAGAUCCACUGGUUUUCGAUUAUUAAUUCGUGUGUCACAGUUCUUCUUUUGACAGGGUUCCUCGCUACAAUUCUUAUGAGGGUUCUGAAGAAUGACUUUGUCAAAUAUGCUCAUGAUGAGGAAGAAGCUGAUGAGCAAGAAGAGACUGGGUGGAAAUAUAUUCAUGGAGAUGUCUUUAGGUACCCAAAGAGCAAAUCCUUGUUCUCUGCUUGUCUUGGCUCUGGCACUCAACUAUUUGCCCUUACAAUCUUCAUUUUCAUUCUUGCACUAGUAGGCGUAUUCUACCCCUACAACCGAGGAGCUCUUUUUACUGCAUUAGUUGUCAUUUAUGCCCUUACAUCGGGCAUUGCUGGUUACACCGCCACUUCUUUCUAUUGUCAGCUUGAAGGAACAAACUGGGUGAGGAAUCUACUUCUGACAGGAUGUCUCUUUUGUGGGCCUUUGUUCUUAACUUUUUGCUUCUUGAACACCGUUGCCAUUGCAUACAACGCUACGGCAGCUUUGCCAUUUGGCACAAUCGUUGUUAUUGUUCUUAUAUGGACACUGGUAACCUCGCCUUUGCUUGUUGUGGGUGGUAUAGCUGGUAAAAACAGCAAAGCAGAGUUCCAGGCUCCUUGUAGGACCACCAAGUAUCCUAGAGAGAUUCCGCCAUCGCCUUGGUACCGUGGAGCUAUCCCUCAGAUGGCCAUGGCUGGUUUUCUUCCUUUCAGUGCCAUCUACAUCGAACUCUACUACAUAUUUGCUAGUGUGUGGGGCCACAAAAUUUACACGAUCUACAGCAUUCUCUUCAUCGUCUUCAUCAUCCUUCUUAUUGUCACUGCCUUCAUUACUGUGGCAUUAACAUAUUUUCAGCUCGCAGCAGAAGAUCAUCAGUGGUGGUGGAGGUCUUUCCUAUGUGGAGGAUCGACUGGACUAUUCAUAUACGCAUACUGCUUGUACUAUUACUAUGCUCGAUCAGACAUGUCAGGUUUCAUGCAGACAUCCUUCUUCUUCGGGUACAUGGCCUGCAUCUGCUAUGGUUUCUUCCUCAUGCUCGGCAUGGUUGGGUUCAGAGCUUCCCUCUUGUUUGUUCGCCACAUUUAUCGAUCUAUCAAGUGCGAGUAGCCGUUCAACCAAGUGUUGAGGUGCUGAGUUUUUACCUGGUUCUAGAUGUUAUCUAUUGUUUUUGUUCUAAACAAUCUUGUAACGAUACACAAUUUAUAGAACAGUAUAUGUUUUGUAAGGCUUGUUUUUUUUCCCUAUACAAACUGAUUGCUAGGCUAGGUAUGUACUAUCUGUUGUGUAUUUACAGACGCCAAGGGAGAGUUUCGGUUAUGGGUUAAUUGCCGAUAGACCAA